AUGAGAACAGAGAGAAGGACAAGAGACGAAAUCCACGAGUCGUACGCGUCAAGAGUGCUUCCUGGGACCAGAGACGCAGAAUGGAAGGCGUCAGAGGCGGCACAAAAUAACACAAAUUACACGAAGAAAACAACACAAAUAACACAAAACUUGUUCGUCAGUCGGCACACGUACGACGGCAAACAAGACGAAACAGGCCGCGUUACCGGGCCUCGGCGGCAAGAGGAGGACCUGCCAGCGAUAGGCCUGGUGGAAAGGAGACGAGACACAAACAAGACACACAAAGCACAAACGAAGCACAAAUACAAGAGACGGGAUGCUUCCAGGUCAAACGUGCACGACGAUGGACGAUGGACGGUUUAUCUUGUCCAAUAG